UAAUGGGACAACUGAUGGCUACAUCCAAAUGUCCUGUUUCUUUGGAGGGCGAGUGUCAAUGCAAAGAAUAUGUGGAUGAAAAUAAAGUUGGUCUAAAAGUCGAGUGCUCGCAAACAACGGCUAAAAAGCUAUUCAAUGAUAUCGACUCUUUGACAAAGUCGUCAAAACAAAUCUUUGGACUACAAGUUCGCGACUCUGACCUCAGGGACCUCAGAGAUCUGCCGCCAGGUCUGCACUCUGUUCACGAGUUAAUUCUCGACAACACUGGCAUUGAUUUACAAGUAUUUCGUGAAAGCAAUGAAUUACUCAAAGUAUUGAAGAUAUUUCGUGUAUAUCAAGAAAACUUUACUGAAAUUCCCGAAGACUUUUUCUUUGGGAUGGAUGAGCUCAAGAAUCUGGCCCUCAAUGACAUUGGAAUCGCUUACAUAAGCAAAGACGCCUUCACUUAUUUGGAAGACUCACUCAAAGAGUUAGAGUUAAGAGAAAACAAAUUAAGAAAUUUUCCGAUCGCUGUUCAGGUGUUGUCUCAUUUGGAAAGUCUUGAUUUGUACGGCAAUGAGAUUAAGACAGUUCCCGACGAUCUAACCUUUUAUUUGGAAUCAAGUCUUAAACGACUCAAAAGAUUAACAUUAAAUUAUAUUAACUGUACGUGUGAUUUCGGUAAAACCGAUUUCGCCACUUGGAUCAGAUCCUAUGCUAUAAAAGGAGUCACUUGUAAGACACCGAAUCGUUUGUUUGGUAAAGAUAUUUCUUGGUAUUAA